UAGUGGCAUACCUGUUCUUGGAAACGUCAUAUCAUAUGAGGCCAGCAAGAUACCUGAUGUUUUUGAGCCUACAGUGGGACUACUUGUAACGAUUUUGCACAUGUAUACACAAAGCACUUCCACUGCCUCUGCUUUUGUUUGGCUCAAAACUUACGAAUCUAUUCAAAAGGUGUACUUAGAUCAUGUAGAUCAAGAAAAUAAUGAGACCGCAAGAUAUGCUACUGAGGCGCGUUUGGCUAUAUUGAGCCAUUUAUCAGGUGGUAUGGUGACUGACGGUAGUGGUCUUUACGAAAAACUACUACUUCUUCUUGAUCAACAAAGUGGUAUUCGUGGUGCACAGGCACCAUCUCAAAGAAAAGUUCCGCGAGAACCAAAGGGUGCGUUCUGUAACCUUCAUUUAGCAGAUCAAAAAUGUUAUCAGGAUUUUGCCUGCAAUCAGUUACAUCUUCAUGAAGCAGGCCCUGUCAGGCAUCGAAUAAAUUUUUUUAUGAGACUCAUUGAGGUUUUAAAGGCUGAAAAAAGAUCCAAGAUGCAAAUACUUCACCGAAUAAAGGAUUCUAUUUUUUUUGCCCGCUAUGGAAAUAAAGUAACAGUUCAAUGUCAUGGUAAGUGGAUCCCUUUUUUCAAGACUGUCUAUACGGAUGGAAGGCUUGAGCAGGCAUUUCGAAUGCAACAGUUUUCUUGUAACAAUAAUGGGUGUUCCGAUGAGCACUGUAAAGGGAUACACGCUCAGGAACGCCGUGUGGUCUCUUCGAGCAGGCAGGUGGAUCUUCAUAAUCCUCAGGCCCUAGCUAUCCAGGUUGAGGAUGAAGGACAACACCUUCUUUCAUUGGCUGGUGUUUACAAAAAUCAAGUGUCAGAACCACCUCCUUCACUUUCUCUUUCCUCUCCCAUGGUGACCAUUGCUUCCCCAACUUCUGAGCUUUGGAGAAGCACGGUUCGGGAAUAUGUUCGUCAAACAGGAAUACCGCAGCUACAGGCCGACGAAUCACUGCUUAGAACAUUACAAGAUGCAAAUGUUGUUGGAACACCUGCUGCUUCAACGGAGAGUUUAACACCUUUAUUGGAUGAACUCGAGCUGCACGCAUUUAAUUCUAAUACCUCACCGCGGAACGAGUCCUGA